GCCCCCGCGCUGUCCCGCCGCUGGAGCCACCGCCGGGCGGAGGCUUCACCCCCGGUGCGGGGCUCCCCGAGGAGGGGGCGACCCCCGCUGCCCCUGGGGCAGGGGAGUGGCGUUUUCCUGGUCCCGGCGAUUUGGGGCCAAAUAAUUGUCGUCUUGGUGCUUGUUUUCCCCUGGGAGCGCCGGGAUGUCCGGACGGCUGCCCGGUCCAGGCUGGGGCCGCUCCCGGGGUCCCUCGCCGAGCGGGGCAGAGCCGUGAGCGGCCGCCGGGGCCGGGCUCGGGUCCGUCGGCAGCGAGACACGAGCUCAGAAACAACCCUGGAGUUUGCUCGUCCCGAUCCGUGAGGAACGGGCUGGCUGAUUCGCGGCUGCCUCGCCGGUCUCCGUGAUGUCGCUGUGGGCGAGGAGCAGCUCCCGGCCCCAGCCGCGGACGAUCCCCAGCUCCAGGGAAACUCUGUUCCGAGGCCUUGGGAGUCACUCGCGGUAACGGGACGGAGCCUCCCGGGAGCUGGGUUGGGUCCCAGAGCACCGGGAAUGCUGCGGGGCCCCUCGGCUUUCCCGUCUGUGAAAUGCGUACACGGGGUGGCUCCGAGGCGGUAGCCGGGACCGGGCAUCUCCGGGUUCCUAAAGGCCCUGUUGUCCGCUGAGGUCAUGGAGCUGGAAAGUCCGAACUUCCAGCCGGGAUUCUCUGCACCGAAUCACUGACACCGUUGGUUUUUAUCUUCCUAACCCGGCACAUGUCUUGCUGGGUCUUUUUUUGGGGAAAUGGGACGUUUAAGCUACUUAAAGAUGGUUUUGUGCUAAAGAAACUUCUUGAGUGGAAAUGGCGUGGUCACUUGUGGAUGCAGUGUUGGAUGUGUCUGGAGGGGCGGCUAUCAGGAUACGAAGCUGGGAAGAUCCUGGAGAUGGAUCCGGGCAUCCCCCGUCUGUGUUUCAGGUGUGAGACCCUUGUCAGCCCCUGGUGUGGGCAGGAGCAUCCAAAUCCCACCAGGAUGGAGCACGGUUGGGGAUGGGAAGAGGAGCUGUGUGCCCAAAUUACUUAAAAUUCAGGACUCUGCUCUUCCUGCUGCCUUAGUAUCGGUUGGUUCGGUUUUCUGUUGGAAUUUAUUUAAUUUUCUGCUGGUGUUUGUGGUGAAUCCGUGUCACUCGGUGCCGGGAUGUGGCUCUGCUGUCCAUGGGGGAGCGCUGGGAGAUGCUCUGGCCCCUCAAGUGGUGCAUCAGCUCCCACAGUCCUGAGUAACACUCUGAACUCAUCCCUGCAAAUGACUGAAAAUGGAUUUUCCUUGCAGAAGGAGCACUGGGUUGAAAUAUUCUGGGGAGAAAAUGCGUGGAAUCGGUGAUGAAGCUGCUGUGGCCUCGAUUGCAGAGGGGACACUUGGAGCAUCCCCAGGGAUACGGGCAAGGACAGCGCGUGCCAGGCCCAGCUCUUUUAGAGAACCAGGGUCAGGCUGGAAAUAGUCACGGCCUGGUUUAAGGAGAACUUGGCUCAAAGGGAAUUUCUUUAGUGCAGACACCAAGGGAACUGAGUUUGUUGUCAGUGCUUCAUUAGAGAAUCCUAUAAUUUUGUGAGAGAAAGGAAUUGAUAACUAGGAGGGAUCAUGAUGAUGGGACAGAACCUGGAUUUGAUGGAGCUGCUGUGUUUGUGUUGGAGACUUUUUUGGCUUUUAUCUGUCUUGGAGGUGUCAUUCUGGUGGGUUUUUCGGCCCAAGGUUCAGGAUGACCUGGGUAUUGGGAAGAGCCCAGCUGUGUCUGGAGCACUGGGAAGCAGUUGGAGCUCUGGCAAAAAAGGGGUAAAGCUGUUCACUGAAGUGCUGGAGCUUUAUAAAAAUGGGAUGAUUUCCGUAACUGUCGUUUCACUCCUGCUCCAGCUCCUGAGCACCAGUGUGGUUUUAGGAGCCCCUUUUCCCUGCUAGGAAAGCUCGUUUGCAGGGAUCAUGUGCUGUCCUUUUGGAUCGUGCUAAAACUCUGCCAGAGGUUCCAGAGCCUGUGGUUCCCAGAAUGGUAAAUCUUGGAGAGCUGCUUGUACCAAGCAUGAGGUGCAACCGCAGAGCCGCAUCCAGCACAGCCACAGCUGCCUGUGCCAUCUGUUCCCAAACAUCCCUGUUCCUCCCUCUCGGACUGACUUCCUUCUGCACUCACAGCACCCCUCCCUUGGGCUGAGGGGCUGACGAGCUCCAAGGGUGUCCUGCACCAUCAGUUUUAUCAGGAAUAACUGUUUUUUGUUGAUGAUGAUGAUGAGUCGGGUUGAUUCCCAUCCUGGAAGAGGCAGGAGCUGCACAGUCUGCGUCCCAUCCAGCACUUCUAGACGGAGCUCAGUGACCCCAGCACAGGUGUCAGGUCAGGACGGGUGCCGUUAAUCCCGGCGGCUGUUCCGGCGGCAUUAGGUAACCUGCCGGGCCAGGACAGGGAUGUGGGAUGGGAUGGAGGCAGCCCCCACUGUUCUGGGGAGCAGGAGGAAGCUACAAAACUCCUCCAGCAGCAUCAGGACAUGCUUGCUUGGAGCUCAUGGAGAAGCUCAUUUUUCUCAUCGUUGCUCCGAUAAUUGUUCAGGUUGGAGCUGCUCCCAUGUCCCACCUGUAGGUCCCAGCGUGGCCUUUCCCCUUGGGACCCCCCUGCUUAGCCCUGAGUGCUGCCAAAUUCCAGGGUCUUGGAGGAUUUGGGGUUAGGAGUUUGAUGUGUGCUGGUUUGCCGCUGUACUCCUGCAGCUCCCCGAUGCUGGGAGCAAAAACAUCCGUGCGGGUCUGGCAGGAUUAAAUUUCCCGUGGAUUUGGGCACCUCCCGCCUCACCUGCAGGUCCCUGAGGGCUCUGGGGGUCAGGCCUGGGGUUCCCCAUGUCCCUGUGGGAACAGGAUGUGGCGGAGGGGCUGGGCCAGGAGCAGAACCCUGGGAGUGGAGUCCUGGCUCCCAGCUUGGUUCCUGCCCUCAGCAAAACAUCACGUGGCAGAUCCAGGGGAGAGACGUCAGAGUUUGCUGCUCCUAAAAUAUUUCUGGAAGUACCUUUAUAAACACACUGGAGCCACCGGUCGUGGCCAACCUUGGGUCAGGAUUUGACCCUUGCAAAGAGAUUUAUUUCCUGUUUCUGCAGCAUGUUCAGCACAAUUGAAAUCUAACAAGAUAAGGGAAUUAAAGCCCCAUAAAUUCCAGUCUGGAACUUUGAAUGGAUCCAGUUUUGCUGCUUCACAGUUGGUUCUGGUGAAAUACUUCAGCUCAGUGUUCCCGAUGGUUUAUUUCCCCCCAGGAUGGAGCCAAGAGACACUGAGCUCUUGGACCUUGUGUCCUCUUGAAUUCCUCCCUCAGUUUCCCAACUUCCCUGAUGAUGUCGGGGCAGGGAGCGCAGUCCUGCCUGCGGAGGGCCGAGGUGCUCCGCCUGCUCCUGGUGAGUCCCUUCCCAAACCUGGUAUGUGGCCAUUGGAGUUGCCCUGGGAGAGGCUGUAGGCAGCAAGAGAGAGGAGGCUCCGGGGGGUUUUAUGACUUUCCCCUUAUUUUGGAUGAACAUUUGAUGUUAAAGGUCUGAAUUCCCGUUAGGAAGGAUUUGCAGGCUGCUGGGAUUGACUAAACCCAGCUUUGCCCCAUUCCCAAACUGAGCAGAUUCCUGCUGCCUGGAAGGCUGAAGGUUGGUGUUAGUGUUGGGUGGAUCCGUUGGCACGUGGGGAUGGGGCUUUCACUCGGUUCCCAGGGGCGUGUGACCAUGGAAUGCUGUUUGCGUGAAGCUCCAGCUCCUUCUGGUCCGAGCAAGGUGCGACUCCAGCACGGCUGAUCGCUCCUCACUGCGUCAGGAACGUUGCUGUGCUCAGGCCCUGUGGAAGUGCGGGGGGAUAUUUGUUAAACAUUUGCUGAGAAACCUGCUGGUGUGCUCUGCAAAGAGCUGCUGGGAUCGCCGGGAUCACAGGAACAACUGGGCUUAGUCCUAAAUACGUGUUUUCCGCGUAUUUCGGGUUGGAAUGUGCCAGGAACGCUCACUUUGGAUUACAUCCAGCUGUGCUGCAUCUCCGUGUGCUCCCGGGGGCUUUGGGGUGUGCUCAGUGCCUGUUCCGUUGUUGGGGGAUGGAUUUGAAGUUGUGGAUCUCCUGGGGCUUGGAUUUCCUACCUGGGCUCAUAUUUCUGACCUAUUCUGGAAGGAGGGAAGAGGAGAGAGCACUUCCCUUCCACAUGGAGAGGAAAUAAUCAGUAACUCUGGGGUGGGGACAUUUCUCCCUCCAAUUCCUCGAUAAAUCUCCAGCAAUCCAUCACUGCCUCGUCAGGCCCGGAGUUUUCCAUCUGUGUUUUCCCUGGCGUUUUUGUGCGCGCGGGAGUUCGGAAUGCCGUGGACGAGGGGGUGGGAUGUGCUGCUCAUUCCCUCCCCAAACCUCCGCUGCGUGCGCUGAGUUUUCAUUUUCAUUGGAAUUCCACACCCACCUGAAGGAAGUUUUACCCGUUAUCACAGCCAGUUUCGUCCUGGAGCUGCUCCUUGUUCCUGCAACCUUUGCCAGGGAUUAGAGGAUCCAAACGUGCAGCUCCUAAUUAGGGAUGUUCCCUAAAUUGGUGGAGUAAGAGCAGGAAUCCCUGCCAAAUCCUGCUCCCGGAAUGCGCUGGGCUUUGGCAUCACUUCCGACGCAGCUCCUGGAUUGCUCCGGCAGCGAAGGAAUACGGAGUUUUUUUGGGAGCAGGAAGUUAAUAACGACACGGUUGCGAGAGUGGGAAUGGUGUUUCUCCAGCAAAGCCAAGAAAUUCCAGGCCAAAGACUGGAUGUAACGGUUGCUCGUGGGGAGUUGUGCUGUUAGGGAAUUUCACCCACCUUUAAGGAUAAUCUUGGAAAAAAACAUUUCAAGGCAUCAGGGGGGUUUUACCCAUCUUUAGGGAUAAUCCUGAAAAAGAGACUUUUUUCCCUGGGCACCAGGAAAACAACCAGAUUGAUGCCAAGGAGCCAAUCUGGUGCCGCUGAUUCCACCCGGCCUUGGCUAUGGACAUCGUCCUGUCGGAUUUUGUUCGCUCAACAGGGGCAGAGCCGGGGCUGGCCAGAGACCUCCUUGAAGGCAAGAACUGGGACCUGAGCGCGGCGCUGAGCGACUUCGAGCAGCUCCGGCAGGUGCACGCCGGGAACCUCCCGCCCUCCUUCGACGAGGGCCGCGGGGCCCGGCCCCCGGAGCGGGAGCUGGCGCGGCCCGGGAGGCCCCCGCUGCAGCGCCAGGAUGAUGUCGUGCAAGAGAAGCGUCUGUCCCGAGGCAUCUCCCAUGCCAGCUCCACCAUCGUGUCCCUGGCACGUUCCCAUGUCUCCAGCAACGGCAGCAGCAGCGAGCACCUGCUGGAGAUGCCCAUCUGCACCUUCCAGCUGCCCGACCUCACCGUGUACUCCGAGGAUUUCCGCAGCUUCAUCGAGCGGGAUCUCAUCGAGCAGUCCAUGCUGGUAGCACUGGAGCAGGCCGGGCGCCUGAACUGGUGGGUGACGGUGGAUCCGAGCUGCCAGCGGCUGCUGCCCCUGGCCACCACUGGCGACGGGAAUUGCCUGCUCCACGCUGCCUCCCUGGGUAUGUGGGGCUUCCACGACCGGGAUCUCAUGCUCCGGAAGUCCCUCUACACCCUGAUGGACAAGGGAGUGGAGCGGGAAGCGCUGAGGCGGAGAUGGCGCUGGCAGCAGACGCAGCAGAACAAGGAGUCUGGCCUGGUUUACACGGAGGAGGAGUGGCAGAAGGAGUGGAACGAGCUGAUCAAGUUGGCGUCCAGCGAGCCCCGUGUGCACUACAGCACCAAUGGCGGCGGCUGCGGCGGGGUGGAGAGCUCAGAGGAGCCAGUGUACGAGAGCCUGGAGGAGUUCCACGUCUUUGUCCUGGCCCACGUGCUGAAGAGACCCAUCGUGGUGGUGGCAGACACGAUGCUGCGGGACUCGGGCGGCGAAGCAUUUGCCCCAAUUCCCUUUGGAGGGAUCUAUCUGCCCCUGGAAGUUCCAGCCAACAAAUGCCACCGGUCUCCAUUGGUUCUGGCUUAUGACCAAGCCCAUUUUUCUGCCCUGGUCUCCAUGGAGCAGAAGGAAAACACAAAGGAUCAAGCUGUGAUCCCCCUGACGGACUCUGAGCACAAGCUGCUCCCCGUGCACUUCGCUGUGGAUCCCGGGAAGGAGUGGCAGUGGGGGAAGGACGACGGUGACAAUGUCAAGCUGGCCAGUGUGACGCUGUCGCUGGAGGCCAAACUGCACCUGCUGCACAGCUACAUGAAUGUCCGAUGGAUCACGUUGCCUUGUGACAUGCAGGCACCUCUGGCUCAGCCAGAAUCCCCCACGGCCUCCGCGGGUGAUGACGCUCGCUCGGCAGCGGAGUCAGGCGAGUCAGACAAGGAGUCGGUGUGCAGCAGCUCUGCCAGCAACGGGGGCACCAGGGCGGGCAAGGACAGGGAGAAGCCAAAGAAAGAGCGGGAAAAGGAGAAGGAAAAGGAUAAAAAACGGGCAGACUCAGUGGCCAACAAGCUGGGAAGCUUUGGGAAGACUCUGGGCAGCAAACUAAAAAAGAACAUGGGGGGCUUGAUGCACAGCAAAGCCGUGAAGGGUGGUGUGAGCAAUGGGCAGGGAGACACCCUGGAGAAGAAGAAGAAAGGAUCACUGAAGGCACGGAAAGGCAGCAAAGAGGAAUGUUCCCCAGGAGACUUAGCUCCUGCAGAGAAACCGUGUCCAGGUAAAGCAGCCCCGGAGAAGCCAUCGGAUCCCUGCAAGUACAGCAGCGACGUGCGGCUGAGCCUGAGCAUCCUGCGUGCGGCCAUGCAGGGCGAGCGCAAGUUCAUCUUUGCCGGCCACCUCAAGACCAGCACCCGGCACCAGUUCCAGGAGGAGAUGAUCCAGAGGUACCUCCUGGAUGCCGAGGAGCGUUUCCUGGCAGAGCAGAGGCAGAAGGAGGCAGAGAAGAAGGCGCUGGGCAGCGCUGCCCCGGCCAAGAGGCCAGAAGGGGAGGCGGGUGCCCAGCGGAGCGAGGAGGCGAUGCCGAGCCCCGUGUUCUCCCAGCCACCUCCCACCUACCCCCCACAGCCCCUGGAACCGGCCGUGGGUGCUAAAAUUGCCGCUUUUCCCGCCAGCUAUUCCGGCGUUUUCACCUUCCCCAGGCCCUCCAUGGGCAGUGCUGAGGGGCUGCACCCACCCGGCUGCCCCGAGGGCCGGCGGCAGCUGGCGGGGGGGCCCUGUGGGAGCCUCCCCCCCUACGCCACCCUGCCCCGGCACCACCAGGGCCGGCUCGGCCUCUGCCCCCCUGGCCCUGCCCACCUGGGCCGGUUCUCCCCCACGGACAUGGACAUCCAGCCUCCCUUCCCUUCAGAGUGCGAGGGCUCCGGCUGCCUCCCCCCGCACAGCAACAGCUGCCGGGAAUUCCUCGAUCAGGACAAGGGAGGAACAGCGGAUAAAAUGAGAAGCCAAGCCCUCUACAACAUCCAGCAGACCAAGUGCAAACAGCCCAACUGCAGCUUUUAUGGACACCCAGAGACUGGGAAUUUCUGCUCCUGCUGUUACAAGGAAGAGCUGCGGCGCAGGGAGCGGGAGGCCCUGGUGCACAGGUUCUGAUGCUCCCCCUGCGCGGAUCCGGACCCAUGGAACAUGGGGAAUGCAAUAACAGAGAUCCAUUUUGGUUUUACACCCACCCAUGCUCCCCUCCCGCUCUGCAGGAGGUGGGAGCAGGCGUUAGGCUGGAUGGGCUGGGAAUGGAAUGGGGCUGGUGGGAUUGAGGGGGUGCAGGAGGGAGAGAGGGGGGAAAACCAGGCCCUGCUUUCCCAGAGCCCCUGCAAGGGAGGAGGAGGAUUCCCGGGGGUGCCUGGGGACAGUGGGGGCUGCUCGGGUCGGAGCACAGGGUGAGAGGGGAGAACUCCUCAAAAACUCAAUAAACCAGACCAAAGCUUUGGGAGCGGGCAGGGGGAGCAGCUCCCACCAGGUCCUUCCCGCUUCCCUGACUACCUGGGACGGAGCAAAAACGCCCCAUUUUGAGCAUCACAAACCUUUUAAUGGAGUUUUUUAACACUGGUUUUAUUCUGUAUUUCUUCUUGCUGGUACUGAGCGACACCACGCUGGAGUUGGACAUUGGUGAGGUGGGGGUGGGUUGGAUUCCCCCCGCCCAGUCCCAGAUGGCUCCGAGCACCAGGAUGGGCUCAGGGCUCUGUCCCCCCCUCCCUGACCGACAAGCUCAACUCUGGUUUUAAAAAUGUUGUUUUUAAACUCUUUCUGAGGCAGGGGGAGCCAGGGGGGGCCUCCCAGCGCUCGAGGGAUCGGAGGUUUCUCUUCCUGUGCGGAGCCCCCAGCCCACGGGAGAGCCGAGGUGAGAUCCUGGGUCAGCGUCUCCUGCCAGGAAUUCCCAGUGGCGUGGGGCAAAUCCGCCAUGAAUACCCACUGGAAAGGGGCCCCAGAGCACCCCCAGUCCUGGGGUGGAGCCGGGGGGUCACAGCCCCAUGUAACUCCUACUUGAGCACAGCUACUCUGUACUACCUCUGAUCCUGAUUAACUCGGCUCCGUUGUGCUGAGCCACCAACUGACCUUUAGGCUGCGGAAUUAAUCCAUAUUUUUGAUAACAGGGCUAAAAAGCAGAACAGUAAGGUAAAAUCCUCCCAUGACUAAUGUCCCGCGCCAUUCCUGACCCCAUCCCGGCCCCCUGGCUCCCAGGAUGGGAUUCACUUUAGCACUGCGAUGUUUGCACAGAAUUUCUUGGGUUUUUUUGGUAAGUGCAGCUCCCAAACCAGGCCCGAUCCUGCACGGAGUGAGGUGCAGCAUUUCCUAUCACACGGAAAUAAAACAGGAGUUAUUUCCUUCAGCCAGAGCUUUACAACAUUCCCUUGGUUUUAUUUUGGGGUUGAUUUUCCAGAAGGCACCGAACUAUGCAACCCCUUCCUGCCCACGGCCAUUUCCAGCAGAAGGGAUGAGGGCCUGGGCAGAGGAGCUGGAAGUGUGCUGAGCUCGGGGGAUCACCCGACACCUUACACUUGGCCCUAAAAACAUUAACUUAGACCUAAGCCCCUGCCCCAAAUUAAGGCCUUCCUACACCUAAAUGCCCCAAAAUAAGGCCUUUCCUAGUGGGAUCCCAACACUUUUGAGUCCAGCCAGCAAUGCUCCUUGUCCACAGAUUUUCACUUCCAAAUUUCAAACACCCCAGGGAUGGUUUGACUCCAGUUUAAGUUGUUUUCCCUGGUUUUAUAAAAUCCCCAAGAAUGGCUGAAGCUGUGGGAAGGGGAGGGUGUGGCACCCACUCCAGCUGGCUCCUCUUAGCUUGGAACAAAUUCCACAUUUCUCCCUCAAACUGCAGGAAUUCCAGUGAACUCUAACCCUGGGGCAGGGACAUGCAGCGCUGGCUAAGCGGCACAGGCUCUGCCUCCGCUUGAAAUUCACCCCAAAUUUUAAGCUGAAAUGAUUAAAACCCAACCCAAACCCUUCACUAUUUGUGGGCACUUGGUUUAAAUUUCAGUUUCUGAUGUUUAUUUUUCCCAAAAUCGGAGCAGCAGCUUUAUUUUGAGGUUGGGAAUAUCCUUCAGCUGUGCCCGAAGCACCGGGAGCAGGGAUGCCCCAUGGCACGGGAGGAAAGGCGGGAGGUGGUGCUUCACCACUUGUUCCUCGGGUUUUGGGGGAAUUUCUCUCUGGUUUAGUUAGCUCCAUCCCAGUGGAUGCUGGACUUGGGUGGGGAUGGGAAGUCUGCAGACCUGCUCGCUGGUUUGGUGGGUUGUGGGAGGAGAGAGGGAAGAAGGCAGAAAACCUGUAGGAAAAGCACCAAUCCUGGAGGGAAAACUCCAAAACUGGAGGAGGAGCACCAAACCUGACUCCAGGAGGGAUUUUUCCAUGGGGAUGGGGACGGGGAGGCUGUGGUGUGACCCCAAGGUCAAACUAAGUGCACUUACUGGUGUGGUUGGAAUUCAAAUUGCUGCCAUCGGAUCCUGGUGGAGGAAAACUUUGUCUUUCAGUGUGUGUAAAACCCGUUAAUGAGAGUUGAUUUGAUUUGAUUUUAUUAAAUGAGAUUCACCUUCGCCAUUCCCUGGCCCCUAGGCGGGGGAGGCCGGGGCAGAUUUGGGUCUCACUAACGCAACGCCGAGUGACCUGAAUUAAUUCUGCAGUGGUUUAUUCACAAAAACCCCCUUUUUUAAAAAAAUUAAUUCCGGAUUGAUUGGUGAUAUUUGGCCUCCAGGUGAACAGGACUGAAGCGUUGCGCUCGGGCUGUACCUGUGGCCUCGUUGUGGCACCACGGACUCAUUGACAAUAAAAACCUUCAGCUGA